AUGUCCACAGAGUUGCAGACCCUUUCUCCGGUAAGCAGCCUUUCUGAUCCUGCCAAAACUCAAGGGAGCAACUCGAGCCUGUUUUUCGACGCCAACGUCGCGCCAAGAACGUCGACCCCCGUUGCAACGCAGAGCAGCGGUGUAGCCACUGAACGCCCCGAUCAAAAAGACAGGCUUGCUUUCGUGGCUCUGCGUUGGAAGCUUGAGUGGGCACUUGACAUUGGUGGCGCCUCAACGAAGGCAGACACCACUGCUCCUCCAGGUGGCCUCCAUGUUCCUGCCGGCCCUGAGCAGCCACCUACACCUUUCGAGAAGACACCCCGACAAGGCUUUUCCCUUGCCACCAGCUAUCACGGCAUCGACUCUACCAGUACUGCUGUAAGACAGCAGGCGCCGCGCUCUGGUGAACGCCCUCCUGCCUCUGCUGGUGACUAUAUGCGGACAGCCACUGCUGUUCCCAUCGAACGCGUCACACGGCAUCAUUGCGGAGCCGGUGAAGACGAACAGGAACCUGCGAAAGGCGCUACGAGAAUGGUGAUGUCAUGCCUGAGGAGUGUCAUCCGCGAGGAAGCUCAGGCACUGAGGCUCGAGUUCCUUCGUCAGACGGGCAUUACCGCAGGAGCAGGCGAUAUGAGCAGUUCUGGCCACCAUGGUUCGUCUUCGAAAGCUCCGAAGGCCAAGAACGACAUGGCUGCAGGCUGCCGAAGGAGGUGCCGAUUCCCCAGGUCGAAGGAAAUGGAUGACAACGCUGACUUGCGCCUAGUUGAAGACGCACUCGCAUCUUACGCUGACCAGUGGGCCGACCUAGAGGGCGUCACCGACUGCUUCACGGCGGCUGUCUUCAAGUGCCGCUGUUCAUGCUCGGAGACACCCCAAAGACCUGGUCACAUUGUCCGACAUCUAGGGGCUUUGAACGAUCUGUUAAUUUCCGCGAAAAUGUAAUUACGAGAAAUACCGGGAACGUGCGGACAGCUCGCUUUGGUGAGCGUAGCACAUUCCGGCCUGCACCUGCCGGAACCGCAGGAUUUCCAGUCUAAGCUGGGCGCCUGUUUGAUGCACCGCCUUUUGAAAUCCCAUCAAUGCAUUGCAGCUCUUAGCGUCACACCAUUCUAUUCCGAGAAGUGCGCAUCGCUUCUUUGCGACGUACUUCCUUACGACGUACUGGUAACACUAAAUAAAUCUGUAUUGAUAUUCUUGCUAAGUGAGUAUGUAAAAUGCAGCGUAAAAAUCCCGAAAUGCGUAGUUGAAGCCCAGCAAACUCUUCUGUCGACCACAAAUAUAGCCUGGCGCGUUACGUUGUCGACGUAGAUAGCCCUGCGCUGUAAAACGAAAUUGACGCAGCCCUUCUUAAACAUUUUAUAUCUCUCAGCAAUGUCGGAGCUUUCUUUUCACGACUGCUUUUGCACGUGUUGGUAUUCUAACCCCUCACCCCCGUUCACCGUCUUUUGUGUUGUGCCUUGGGGCCUUCGACGUGAUAACCAAUGAAUUGAAGCUACAAUUUUAAUUGAAUAAGUGCCAUAAUAUACUUGUAAUGCGCAGUAAAAAAUUGGAAACUCUUCCCUACGAGCCGCAUAUUCAGGUGGAAUGGUGGAAUGGAGAAAUACCACAAGUCACACGGACAUUGUUGCGAACUGUGUUCGAUGUUCCUAGUUAACGAACACCAAGCGUGGCUGGUGUGCCUGUGGAAUAUCAGUGAAA